AUGCCCCUCCUCAAGUCAGAUCCCAUCGUAAUCGUCGGCGCGGGUGCCUUCGGUCUCUCAACAGCCUUACGUCUUCUCGAGGCUCGCUUCAUCAACAUUACAGUGUUAGAAAAGGAUGACACUCUUCCGUCAAGGUUCUCAGCCGCCAACGACCUGAACAAGAUAAUUCGAGCCGAGUACGAGGACCCUUUCUACACAGAGCUCACACUGGAAGCGAUUCGCGCCUGGCAAACUCCCCUUUUCGCACCUCACUUCCACCAGACCGGCUUCCUGCACUGCGUCUCAGGCAGUGCGCCAGAAAGAGCCGCAGCGACUCUAGCCCGCUUCCACGACUCGGCCAAGCGGGAUCCGUGGAUCGAGAAGCACGUGGUCCCCAUCGAAGGACCGGAAGAUAUCCGCCAGCACACCUGGCAAUAUAAUGACGGCCCGCUCACAGGUUGGCGGGGGUAUCUCAACCGUCUUGGCGGCUACGCCCACUCAGCCAACGCGCUGCUAGGCGUGUAUCGAUUCCUCCGCGAGCGAGGCGUAAAGUUCUACACAGGCGACCGCGGCGCCGUGACGGAAAUCAUCUACAACGAGCCCUCCAACCCAGCUACCCCGCGGAAGAGCACCGGUGCCAGGACGAAGACAGGCGACUUCCCCGCCAAGCUCGUCAUCGUUGCCGCAGGCGCGGCUGCCGCCCGCCUCGUCCCAGAAUGCGGUCAGCACGUCGUCGCCAAAUCAUGGUCCGUGGCGCACGUUCAACUGACCGACGACGAGGCCUCGGCCCUGCGCGGCGUGCCCGUGACCUAUGCCCGGGAUCUCGGCUUCUUUUUCGAACCGGACCUCAAGACGAAUCUGCUCAAGCUCUGUCCCAUGGGUGGAGGAUACGUCAACACGGACCCCGAAACGGGCGUCUCGCACGCACCUGAGGUGCCGGGCGAGAACAGCUUCAUGCCGCCGCAUGACCAACGGCAGGUUCGCCGUCUGCUUGCGCAGACGCUGCCGGCUCUUGCUGAUAGGCCGCUUAUCAAACAGUCUCUGUGCUGGUUUGCUGAUACCAACGACUCGGACUUUAUCAUCGACUAUGUACCCAACACGGAUUCAACAGUGUUGCUCAUGUCGGGUGACUCUGGCCAUGGGUUCAAAAUGUUUCCCAUUGUUGGCAAUUGGGUCAGGGAUAUGCUCCUCGCCACCGAUGGCAAGCAGCCUAUCUCGAAGUUCAGGUGGAAGGCCCCCGUUUCGACUGAAGGCAAGGACUGGGGCGGUGCAGUGAGCUGGCGCUUGGGAGCUACCAAAGAGUUGAAGGACCUGACGAAUCCUAAGAGCUCCAAAUUGUAG